AUGUCGAGCACCGCACAUCCGCAUCGCAAGGGCGACCGCACCCGUAGCGCGCUCAACAUAUACUACUGUCUGUGCGGCGAGUUCGCGCUGGUGUGCGAUCGACCGCUGUCCACGCUGCCCGUUCGUCCGCUCGACCAAUCGCGCGUACUGCGCUGCCUCGACUCGCCACCCUACUCGACCACGGGCGCGCCGCAAAAGGUGCGCACCGCACGCGUGUUCAAGAUCAGUGCCCAGCAGGCACCGGCCAAACUCAUCAGGAGGUCGGACGGAACACUCGAGAAGCAGUAUCCGUUCGAGUGCGCCAGGUGCCACCUCCAGCUUGGAUACGAACACACCCCACCACCACUCAAGAGCGGAGGCAGAUUUACCUUCAUCCUCCCAGGCGCACUCACAGAUCGACAGGGCGUUGCUCCACCAGAUGCUUUCCUCGAACAGCUACUCACCUCCAUACCACAUGCAGAGCACGACGCGCAAGGGCCAAAAGCAGAAUGA